GUAUCAAACACCUAUCCCAAACUGCUUUUUUACUUCCUAGUUGGUUGGUUGAAAUUUUAUCAAGCAAGUGAGACUCGUCAGUCUCAUUUGCUUAACGCCAGAUGAUCAUACCAACACGUUGGUCGCUCCAAAUGGUCCGCCAGUUUCUGUGUAUGUCGCUAUGUGCGCUUGUGGUGGUCGGUGCACGUGGUGGAAGUAAGAGGCCGGCCGGAAGUGUGGAGUUCGAACAGCCGACGGCGGAUGUGGAACCUGUCAGUGACGUCACCGUUCUCAACGACGCGGACUUCACAAAAUAUCAAGACUGUGAUGAAAUCCUCGCUUCCGGUUCCUACAAGGAAGCAGGGGCGUACCGGAUCUACCUUAACCAGUCGGAACCCAUCGUGGUUUUCUGCUCUUUCGAGUCUGGAGUCGCCAGCUAUGGGAUACUGGUGCAGAAGUUCGGCACGGUGAGCUUCGUACAGAACUUCUAUAACUACGAGCGAGGCUUUGGGAACAUUGCGGCAGGGGACGGCUGGUUAGGACUGGCGAAUAUCAAAGCGCUGACAGACAAAGGUUACAACACGCUCACGGUGACGAUGCAAGACUGCAACCACAAUGUCAAAACCAUCGUCUACCGCCACUUCUCGCUGGGACCCGCCUCCUCGCGAUACACCCUCUACAUUAACAGCUACGCUUCUGGUAACGUACUUCCGGAUGACUUCUCUUUCAACAACGGCAUGCCAUUCGCUACCAUAGACGCACCGGACGCUCACAGCUGCGCACUGAGCAUGCGCGGUGGCUGGUGGUACAACUACUGCACGUACACGCUCCCUACUGGGAGGUACUACCCCCAAUGCGGGUCCUACACUCCCCCCGGCUCCAUGUACGACGGUCUGUUCUACAGAGACUGGUACGGGUUCGGCUACUCGCUCAAGUAUUUCAGCAUGACGCUGUCCAGUUUCUAGGCGACCGAUUUUAUGAAAUCAGUAUCCCGUCUGCAUUUUCCUUCUGUGUUCAUAUCGUCUGCAUUUCCCAACGUUAUAGUUAUCGUUAGGGUAGCUAUCAAUACACAUUAUUUACAGAUCGUUGUGUAUUUGUAAUCGUGCUUCAUCUUUUAUGCUCCAGUAAGCUUUUGACAAGUUUCUAACUUCCAUGACAAAUCUAACCAGUGUUCAUUAUGAAAACAAUGGAAACUGUUGCAAAACUUGCCGUCAUCAUUCUAUUCAUGUAUACGUAGAUAUGGAUAUAGAUAUUUCUGUGCAAAAUUGCCUAUGUCGUAUUUUGUAAAGCAAAUGAGACAGCACUUUUCAUGUUCAAAUAACUUGAUACGCAACUUCCGUUUUUCCAUAUCCUGGUUGUAUCACAAAAUGUUUUGCUGUACACAUAUUUGAAAAACGGAUGACCCUGUGUCUGAUAAAAUAAUUAUCGUAUUAAGUAUUCAAAUAAAUAAAUUAUUCUCGUACUGUGUUAUAUUGCUUACUUUGUUUUUAAUUUAAAUAAAAAAAUGAACACGCUUA